AUGGUGCUCUCGCAGGUGAUCAACCAGCUCGCCAACCCCAACACGGCCAGCAGCCGCCGGCGCCGGCUCUACAUCCCGCCGUCCACCAACUACCCGCUCUUCAGCUAUGGCGGCGCGGACGACCAGCGCUCGUUUCUCUCGCUCGACGAGUCCGGCCUGGUCGUCACCAGCCCCGCCGACGACAGCGACGGCGCCAGCGUGUCGUCCGCCCGCUCGCUCCCGUCGACCCUCAGCUCGGCGCACCCCUCGGAGGACCACGCGCUGUUCCACAGCUGGCUUCUCCAGGAGCAUCUGCGCCGGUACAGCGGCGUGGACAGCGGCGGCGACAACAGCGACACGGGCGGCUCCAGCUCGGUCUGCUCGGGCGGCUCGGGCGGCCCGGCUGCGGCGGGCGGCAAGCCCGGGGCGCGGCGCGGGCCCCGCGGCGACGUUGCCCGUGUGCGGACCACGUUUGCCGUCGAAGGCCGCACGAUCGCGCGGUACGCGGCCCCGCUCAUCGUGACGUUCGUGCUCGAGCACUUGUUCUCGAUCGUGUCGUUGCUCGUGGUGGGCCACUUGGGCACGGACGAGCUCGCCGCGGUGUCGUUGGCGCUGAUGACGCUGACCAUCUCGCUCGCGGUGUUCGAGGGCAUCGCCACGGCGCUCGACACCUUGUGCCCGCACGCGUACGGCGCCGGCAACCAUGAGCUCGUGUCCGUGCACGUGCAGCGGUGCGUGGCGCUCUCGCUCGUGGCGUACGUGCCCUGCGCGGCGCUCUGGUGGCACAGCGACGCGCUCCUCCAGCACGUCAUUGCCAACGACGAGGUGUUGCGGCUCACCACGCAGUUCUUGCGCAUCCUCGUGGCGGGCGGGCCGCCGUACAUCUUCUUCGAGAACGCCAAGCGCUUCUUGCAGGCGCAGGGCAUCUUCGAGGCGGGCACGGGCGUGCUCUUCGUGUGCGCGCCCAUCCACGUCUUCCUGUCGUGGUACCUCGUGUGGAACGGCCGCCACGGCAUGGGCUUCGCGGGCGCGCCCGUGGCCACGGUGCUCAACUUCUGGCUCAUGGCGCUCUUGCUCGUGUUGUACGUGGCGUUCGUCGACGGCUCGCGCUGCUGGUUCGGGCUCUGCGCGCCGCGCCGCCUCUUCCUGAACUGGGGCCAGGUGGCCCGCUUGGCCGUGCCGGGCGUGGUCAUGCUCGAGUCCGAGUACGUGGCCUACGAGAUCAUGACGCUCCUCGCGCUGUACUUCGGCACCGCCGAGCUCGCGGCGCAGAGCGCCGUGGCCUCCGUCGCCUCGCUCACGUACAUGGUGCCCUUUGCCGUCAGCAUAGCGGCGCUGACGCGGAUAGCGCACUUUGUCGGCGCGCAGAACCUCUACUCGUGCCAGGUGGCCACCAAGACGGGCUUGCUCGCCGGGCUCGCGGCGGCCGUGCUCAACUGCGUGGUGUUGUACACGUUCCGCCGCAGCAUUGCCGGCUUGUUCACGGACGACGCCGCCGUCACCGAGCUCAUCGUGUCGCUCUUUUCGCCGUUGGUGCCGCUCUUGCAGAUCUGCGACGGCGUGGCCUCGGUGGCCAGCGGCAUCCUCCGCGCCCAGGGCUUGCAGAAGAUUGGCGGCGUCAUCAACUUCGUUGCGUACUACGCGUUUGCCAUGCCGCUCGCGUUCGUGCUCACGAAAGCCACGGACCUCCGCUUGGAGGGCUUGUGGAUAGGCAUUGGGAGUGGCAUGUUCAUCAUCGGCGUCAUUGAGACGUGGGUCAUCCUCACGUGCGACUGGGACGCCGUGCUCCACAAGGCCGGCCUCAUGAACGAACUCGCGGCCUCGGACGACGACGACUAG